CGCAUACUUCAUUCUGAAAGGUUCAGUAAACAUGGCGGAAGACACUCGGGUAUGGAAAGCAAUUUUAUCCUAUAAAUGUAUGGUCUUUAGAACUUAAAGCUUUAUACUAUGUUGUUAUCUUUUCAGGUUAUUUGCUGCAACCUUUGCAUUGCACUGCCUUUGUUUUUCCUCGUGUAUUACAUGGUGGCUUCUUUGCUAAGUGGAGCCUUCAAGUAAGCUUAAGCUUAAGUUUUAAGUGUCAGAUGAGAUGAUUCGGGCCGUUCCAUUCUUAAUCCGAUUCCCCCUAUAGACUGCUAUGGAUGAACGGACUACCAGUCGAGUAUGGACAAAAUGACUGAUUCCUACAAGUCAGGCAUGGAAAAAUAACCGAUUCCUACAAGUCGAGCAUGGGCAAAAAAAACCGAUUCCUAGACCGAUUACUACACUUAAAGUCUCGUAAGGACAAUAAUAACCGAUUCCUACCGGCCGCGUAAAUAAUGGUGCAGAUUCCUACUGGUCAAAGAAACGGAUGUGCAAACUGUUAAUCUCUAUAGUAUAUUCCUACAGGCAAGGUGAUAAGAUAGAGUGAAGAUAUCCUAUCGGUCUGGGAAAGAAACAUCUGCACUGAAAUACCUCAUGCAUUGGGGGAAGGUGAGAAGGGGGGGCGGGGAGGUUAGAUUAAAAAUGGAACGUGCCCUCGGUCGAUGUUUAUCAAGAUAGGUUAAGUAUUUUUUUCUUCUUUAAUGUUAAUCAUUAUCUAGAACUUAUUAGCCUGCAUCACCGACAAAACUAAACUCGAGUUAAGUCUGUCUUCAAAACAGUGCUGAGGAUUUGAGUACGUGCCAUGAUUGGCCUGCCAGUCAAGAUGAAAGGAAAUUUGAAAUGCGCUUUCCGUAAUUUUUUGAGUCUGUUGGGCACUCAGAACAAGGAUAUCUGUGCUGCUUUGCAGACGAUACUAACUGAGGUAAAAUUAUGUCUACAACACAGGCUAGAAGUUAUUAGACAGUUUUGGCUUUUUGUCAAAAUUCUUUGUCAAUUCCACUGGGAAUCCUUUACCUCUCGUUGUCCUCCUACUGGUAGAUGACCCCCUCUUAGGUUACCCCCUCUAAAAUUACUAGAAAUGAACUAAUGACUUGAACCAUAAACGAAGAAUAUUAUUUUUAAUAGACUCACCUUUGAAUUUACAACUUAUGGUGGCCCACAACUGUCAUGACAAAACCAAAAACCUUACAGCAAAAACAAAAAUAUCACGGCAAAACCAAAAACGUCACGGCAAAAACAAAAUACCUCAUGGCAAAACCAAAAAUCUCACGGCAAAAACAAAAACAUCACGGCAAAACCAAAUACUUCACAGCAAAAGCAAAAUAGCUUUGGUUUUGCUAUGAUUAUUUGCUUUUGCUGUGAGGUAUUUGGUUUUUGCUCUGAAGUAUUUGGUUUUGCCAAGAGGUCUUUGGUUUUGCCGUGAGGUUUUUGGUUUUGUGGUGAGGUAUUUUGUUUUUGCCGUGAGGUUUUUGGUUUUGCCGUGAGGUUUUUGUUUUUGCAGUGCAGUUUUCAGUUUUGCCGUGAGGUAUUUUGUUUUUGCCGAGAUGUUUUUGGUUUUGCCGUGACAGUUGUGGGCCACGGUAGCAACUAGAUGUGGUACAUGCUUUACUUUUUGUCAUUUUUUUUUUCUAAACAGAAUAAAUGACUUUGAUGGCAAGACUCCUUUUGAUUUCCAAAAUUGUUGCAGUGUAACAGACAAUAAGCAUUUAGGUAAGCUAAGUGGUUACAUCUGACUGCUAUAGGGGUAUAGAAUGGUAAAUUUGAGACUUUGCGAGACUGCCAGACCCUGUUUUAGAAUUCAAGACUGAAACUAAAGCGUUUUUAUCAAAUUCUGAACCUGAGGCUCUGAGCACCGAAAAUUUUUAGGGUAAUGGUACAAAUAAAGGCAAAUAGAAUAACUGAAAAUGCCAGUGGAAGCUAGCGGAAGCCCACCAAUAUACUGCUUCUUUAACUGUCUUAAUCUACUAGCCCAGUUUGAUUAGCUGUACCUAUGAACUCUGAAAAGUUAGACUCCUGAAGACCAAGCAGAAAGAAAAAAACAUCAAAUCCAAGACUCUAAGACCCAUGUGUAAAAAAAUUUGAGACUCUGAGAUGCAAUUAUCAUCCCAAAGUGAGACUUUGAGACCCAUCAAAAACAUGUAGACUGUGAUUUCGAGAUCAGGCCAAAAUUUUCUGAGACCCAUGUUUUUCGAGGUACCAUUCUAUACCCCUUGCCUUGUACAGUUACAAGUUGAAUCAUGAUUGGUUUAGCUGUUGAUGAUAUGAUUUCUUCACUUUAACCUUUUCUGUGUAUUUCUUUCUUUCUAGUAACACUUUUAUCGCUUUUGUUGACAUACAUCAUCACCACUGUGGUCUACAUAAUAUUUUUAAGAAAAAAGCUAUGGGAUUAUGCUAUAACAGUAGGCCUUUUUCAUCUUGCUGUGUCUUGCGCUGGUAGGAAUUUCUAUCAAUAUUGUACAUAUCAUUGUGGAUUUUAGUUAUUUUAAGUAAUGGGUGUCCAGAGUUGACUUAAACAAUGUUCUUACUAGAAACUAUAACCUCUGACAUCUUUCACCAUUUGAUUGUUAUAAUUGAACAAAAGAUUAUGGCUUGUUGUGCAAAUGACUGCAUGAAGCAGUUUACUACAGGUAUUUUUGCAACAUUCCUUUCAUCAGUCCUUUUAGUUUUUAAUUGUAGUGCAUUGAAGACAAUCAAAUAAUCACAUGUCUUUGGAAAAAUGUUUGACAGAUGUGAUUAUGUGGUUGUUCUCUGUGCACUAAUUUGAACCAACUAAACUGACUGAUAAAAGGACUGUAUAUCACAAAAGCACUUUUAAUGUACCAACAUAGCUGCCAUACAUAUACUUUUUUCACAACAUUUGAGCGCAGACUUUUUAUGGGGAAAACAUUGCGGGGUAGUGUAAUGGAAUAGCACACAUGUUUACAGGUUGAAACUUAUUAUUAUGGCUGUGGCAAAUUCUUUUGAGAACAAUGCAUAAUGUAGUAUGUUCUCUAAAUGUAUCUUGUCUCUCUGGUUGAAAAGUUAAGUUUCACAAAAUACAUGGGUGACAAUUACAGUCAAACCCGGAAAACUGUGAACACCAGAUAUAUUUCUGGAAUGUUAAUUGCAUGGCAAGAAAAAAGCCAAUCAUGCAUGAGAAAACUGAACCGCAAGCAAGAACCUUAACUAGUUUGUGGGUUUGUGGCUAGUUCGCAUGUCCUGAUCUUUGCUGUGAUUGGUCAUAACACAUUGAACACUCCUGACAUAUUUCAAGUGUUCACAGUUUUCCCGAUCGCACUGUAAUAUGUUUGAUACCUGUUUAUAACGAAAAAAAAAUCAAAUUUCAGCUUUGUCUCACAAAAGUCAAAACGUGAAUGCACAAUAACCUGAGACAACAACAGCCGACAUUUUGCACUGUGCCACUGGUUUCCCUGUGAAAUGAAAUCUGAAAAACAAGUUCAGAAAUUCCAUACUGAUGAGGUGCCUCUACCCAGGUCUGGGUAAUGAUUCUGUUAUUUUUUUUCUGUAAAAAGGACCACAACGGCUAACACUGAUUCAUUUUAUGGCUGUGAAAAAGUUGAGAAAACGUUCUGGUUUUGUGAUUUAUUCAUUUUAAGACUGGCAGCAGUUAAAGGGAUACAAAGUUCUUAAUGGGUACUGGCCAUUAAUUUGUUAAUAGAGUUGUCAAAAAUAGUAUAUAAAAGGAUAAGGGGUUGGACAUCGGAGCAGAGCCUCCCCAUAUAAAACUUUUUUGAGUACCCCCCCCCCCCCACCCAAACCACACCCCCAAUCCGGGGUUGGUUUGACCCCCCUUUUGGACUUUUUGUGUGCGUUUUUCUGACAACCCCUGGGAAAGAAAACCCCGUGGGGGGCGGGGAAACUCGAGCUUUUUUUCAGGGUCGUUAUUGCCAAGUGAUACAACAAACUCUCAAAAGACAAUUUACCCAUUUAGAAUUUUUGGGUUGUAAAAAAGUUGAAAAACGUUUUGGGUUUUUGGUUUUUUUUUUUUAAAGAGGGGAGAGGUUAAAGGGAAAAAAAGUUUUUUAGUGGGUCUGGCCAUUAAUUUUUUAAAAGGGUUUUCAAAAAAAAGAUAAAAAAAGGAAAGGGGUUGGGAACCGGGGGAGAGCCCCCCCAAAUAAAACUUUUUUUGGUACCCCCCCCCCCCCCCGAAUCAGAAGCACUUCCCAGAUCUGGGUAGUGAUGCAUCAUCAUUAUGGAAUUUCUGUGCUAGUUUCUCAGACAUCCUAUGGCAAGGAAACCACUGGUGGCGUCGUGAAAUGUCAGCUGUUUUCUCAGGCUAUAUAUGCAGAUGAGAUGCAACAACCUUACAAAGGAUAUUAUCCAAUUUGGAAGGGGUUCAAGGAAGAUAAGAAGAUUUAUGAUGCUCAGUCAAAAUUAAUGAAUCAAUCAGUCUAUAAGGGGGUGAUUUAAAAGUAAAUACCUGACGGAGCUCUAGCACUGACAACCCUAAUUUAUACUAAAAUUAAUAAAUCUUUAUGUUUUAUUUAUUUCAGUUAUGCAAGCAUUUCCAACCAACUGGGAGUGGUGGAUUGCAUUUUGUAAGUCCUCUUGUAUACUGGGACACAGAAAUGAGCUGCUCAAUACAAUAUAAAGUGCCAUUUUGAAAAAUAUAAUCUUUUACUUCCUAAGAAGAUGGAAAUUGGUUAAGUUGGAUAAUUGAGUUGUUCAAAGCAACAGAGGUUAAAUGAGUGUUAAGCUGGAGAAGAAAAAAAAAAUUCAAUUUUGAGUUUUGAAAAUUAUCCUCAUUUCCAUCAGACGAGUGUAACUAAGCAAUGGUUGUCUUGUCUUUUUGUUCCUUGAAAGACAGCAAGCAUUCACUCUAUAACGGCAGACAGACAAGUAGAACUGGGCAAAAAGAGAGAUGAUUCUAAUUUUAAUAAUGUAUAUAUUUAAUUUUUUUCUCUCGUAGUGUCAUCAGUGCUUUUCAUGGCCUUGUUUGGUGAGUUAAUAAUCAGAUUCUGCUUCAACAAAAAAAGAGAUGUCAGCAUCAGUCCACAAAGGAACUUGGUUACAUGA